GAAGUGGAAGUUUUGACAAACACAGCUUCUCUACAACUCCACGGGAGUAACUAGUAAAUCCGUCUGACUGAUUUGACUAAAAUUUCGUGUCCCAAUUGCAAGAGAUAAAUGCGGACGAUCAUGGUAGUGGUCAGGGUGUUUCUGUGUAUAUUCUCAGCGUUUGUCGUCUUCCCAGAGAGGUUCGCGGUGUUGGCCGCCUUCUCCCAGUCUCUUGACAGCGACUUCACGUUCACUUUACCUGCCGGUCGAACGGAGUGUUUCUACCAGACCAUGAAGAAAGAUGCAUCACUGGAGAUAGAGUAUCAGGUGUUAGAUGGUGCGGGUCUUGAUGUAGAUUUUCAGAUCUCCUCCCCCUCUGGUCAAGUACUGUUCAGUGACUACCGGAAAUCAGAUGGAGUACACACUGUUGAAACAGAGGAUGGAGACUACAUGUUCUGCUUUGACAACACAUUCAGCUCUGUCUCAGAGAAGAUCAUAUUCUUUGAGCUGAUCCUGGACAACAUGGAUUCAGAUGGAGAGGACCCAGAGGACUGGAAGGAGUAUGUCCAUGGAACAGACAUACUGGACAUGAAGCUGGAGGAUAUCAUGGACACCAUUAACAAUGUGAAAGCUCGGCUGGGGAAGAGCCUGCAGAUCCAGACUGUGCUGCGGGCAUUUGAGGCUCGUGACCGAAACCUCCAGGAGAGUAACUUUGAGCGGGUGAACAUCUGGUCCCUCAUGAAUCUGGUCAUCAUGGUGUUGGUUUCGGGAGUUCAGGUCUACCUACUCCGCUCUCUGUUUGAUGACAAAAGCAAAACACGCACGUAACCCAGCUCCAAAAAUGGAGGGGACAGAAAGAGAAACUAACGCACUAGCCCAACCCCCCCCCCCACAAUCCUUUCUACUCAAACUGGGUACUUGAUCCAUGACCACGAAAAAGGAUACCAUAUACACAAUCAUACACAAGCUCACAGAGAAAUGUGGACAUUCUUUUUCUAAUGUGUAUGUUAGAUGUGUCAUAUUGACAUAUUAACUCUGUCAAAUCCAAUUUAUCCUCUUUCUCUGGUUUGGCAUUUCACUGGUUUGGGAGGGAUAGUGGGAGUCUCUGCCCUUGUGUAGGAAAUAACUUGUCGCCCCCUCUACUUCUCAACCUCCAUACGAGAGAGAGAAUGAUUUAGUCUCUCUUCCAAACUUGUAAAUUAUUUUAUGGUGUGCUCAGGCUGCUGUAAUGUUCCACAAAAAGUGAAAUAAGCAGCAAAUUUAUGGCUUGACUAUAUUUAAUACUGAACCUAAAGUAACAACAGGCCAACAGCCUUGUAAUGCUGUCUUUUUAUCUUUGGAUACUUUUUUUUUUUAUCGUAACAAAAAGCUGAACAAAUGAAGAAAAACAGAUUAUGUGCCAAAUUUGACUCAUGUCUUCCAAACAGGUGUGGGAGGUGUGAUCCCUUUGUGUGGCAUGUCAUAUUCUCUCAUGACUUGUGUUUGCAAAAUCUCUCCCAUUGCAUGUUACUGAGAUGCCUUAGAAGUUUGUAUUUAGCUACCAGCCAUUUGCAAGUUCUUGUGACCAUAGCAUGGUUCUCUCUUUGCCAGAACACACAAUUGUGUCACAGACAGCAGUUCCAGUAGCACACACUUUUGCUCAAUGUCAGUUGAGAUUCAGCCAUGCUGCCAAAGUUUAUUCUUGAUACCCAAGGAAAAGCGGAGUAGGGAAAAGGGAAAUGUGCCAUCUCAAACUCCCUUAAUGACCACUGCCCUUCUCUAUACUGCUAUGACUUGGGGAUUUCAGGCCGAAAUGGCAGCCAGCAACUCCCCCUUCCCCUGUCCAGCUCCAGGGGUGUCUAGUUACAGCCACCUUGCCUGUGAAGAUGUUGCGCCUGCCUGACUCCCGUUUGACAGACUAUUUUGGUCACACUGACAUCUGGAAGGUCAUUAUCACUACUACAACGGAGCAGUGUUUAAACCAAUAUAGGUGACAAUUUGCCCUCUGCUUUUUCAGCAUACUUUUGAAUGCUUUUAGCUUAAUACUACCAUACUGGCUCAGAGCUAACUCAACAAAUGUGUUGCCAUGUAAUCCACAGUGCCAUAGUUCUCGUCUGUCCGGAGGAGAAGUGGAUUUGUUUUAUUUAUUUUCAAUGUCCUUAACUUAUUUUGUCGAGGACCCCACACAAAAAUUGGGAGUAUUUCAGUAUGACUUUUUGAUCCAGUCUGAUGAAAAUACGACAGUGUUGUUGCAAUAUGGGGACCUGCUAGCAACAGGUCCAGGAAUUUUCCAGAUAUCUAGUUGAAGGAGAACUCUGCUAAAAGUUUUUCAUUUUCUUUUUUAGCAUAGUAUUCAAAUAGUACUCUGGCCUAUGAUGGCAGGCAUUAAGGGCAAUGCUUUUUCAUAAGAGCUUUGUGGACAAUCUCGGGAUCUUUAUUACCAACUUCACUAGAAGCAGUAUUUCACCAUCUGCUGGUAGGAUAUUAAAUUGUUCUGCGCUGCUAAUGGUUCAUUUCUUAGUAUUCUCCAUAGAGAUACGAACAAUCUUUCUCCCACUUAUGGAAAGGAAAUGUCGUAGGUAAAACAAAAUUAUUUUAUCAAUAAUACAUGUACAAUGUAACAUUAUAUAUACUGUUUUGUGGUAUAUAUUGCACUAACUCUUGUGUGUACUUGCAGUAGUAGAUUGCGCUUCUGCAAAACUGUUGGUCGAGAGUGGUCGUCCCGUGCCUCAGUUUCACUGAAUUCUCAUAAGUGGUUCUUACCAUUCUUUCUUUCCCUGCCCACUGUGUGUUACUGUUAGCAGGCAAUGAAUGAACUACUGUAUGUUGGGAAGCUCUAUUUCUCAUUAAUAUGAAGGAGUUUUACCUACAUUUAAAACUGAUGAUCUUGUUCAAUUGUCAAUCGCUUUACAGUUCCCUUCUACGUGUGUGUGUGUGUGUGUGUGUGUGUGUGUGUGUGUGUGUGUGUGUGUGUGUGUGUGUGUGUGUGUGUGUGUGUGUGUGUGUGUGUGUGUAUGUGUAUAUAUACAAACACACAUCAGUGAUUUAAGUAAAUUCUUUAAUGGACAGUACAAGCCUGUUUCAUGCGAUAAGCAAUCGUCAUUUGUCAAUCUUGACAGCUGUCAAUAUAUAUAUAUAUAUAUAAACUUAGCACAAAAAGUAAGGAAAUUUGUGUUUGGUAGAUUAUUUCUUUGUUGUAACAAUGCUUCUUGGCAAUAAAUCUUAUACCGUUGGAAAGCCUGUUUAUUUCCCUUUUAAAUGGUGCCACAUUUGUAAGGAACAUGCAUUUGUGGGAUGAGCAGCAGAGCUGAGUAUGUGGGUUGCGCCCAUGAAAAAUUUGCCAAAUCUUCUCUGCCAAUGCCAAACAGCUUAUUUUGCUGUUGCUAUUGACUCUUGUUUUGAGCUUCUGG